AAUAAACUGCUUAUUAACGUAUCAGAUCAAAUUUUUAAAAAAGAUGGUAUUUUUUUUUUCUGUUUAAAAAUUGUUGUUUCUAUUUGUUUUCAUUUGUGUACGAAAUAUAAACGAACGAUCUGUUCAAAGGAAUGUCAUACUUUGUAUUUCCGGUUCAGAUAGCCUAAAGAGUAAAUUUCCUUAGAUUUCUACUGUUAUGAAAACCUGUUGAAUAUUUAAGCUUUUACAAAACGACAGCGGAUGGGUCCGGCAGGAACCUUUACAUAAAGCCAGCUAAAAUGUAUGAUAUGCCAGUCAGCCUGCAAGAUUGCUGCAUCGAUUUCAUCAGCGAUCACCUGCAGGACCUGUGCAAUGCGUCUGCUACAGAAAAUCCCUGUGUCAAGAAGUUGACCUUCAAAGAUCCCGAUAUCUUCUUCCACGGAGAGCUCUCUGAACAGCUGUUACAAACACUGUGCGAGAAAGGGAAACUCACAGACGAGACACUCAGUCUAUUUGAUCCCAAUGUGACAAACUUAAAAAGGGUGUCUAUCAGAGAUGCUCAGCUCUCGGCAAAAGGUUUGAGGAUUUUGAAAAUGCAUAAAAUUUCGGAGCUUGAAAUAAUUGGUUUACGCACUGCAACAGUGAAUGAUGUCAUCGGUUGCCUUGGAGAGUGGACAUUGUCGAAUCUGAGGUCAUUAAAUGUCAAUAACAGCACAUUUGUGAACAGCACAAAAUUCUGUGUUGUUGUGUCGCUAUCAAAGUUGCACAAUCUUCAGAGCUUGAAUGUCAGCAACACAGAGUUCAAUAAACACGGACUGGAAAUAAUUGUGGAGGAUCUACCUUGUUUAGUGAAUCUGGAUAUCUCCAGCACCCAAAUCCUGGACAUAUCGCCACUGAGGAAGUGCAAGGAUCGUCUGAAAUCACUCUCCAUGUACAAUCUAGUGGCCUCCAACCAGGACGACGUGGUUCCUGUCUUGUGUGAAUUGACUAAGUUGGUGCAUUUGGACGUGUCGGAAGAUUCUUCAAUGCAACCUUUUGUGAAUGUCAACUCUGGCAAGUUUGCCAUCCUUAACCUCCUCCUCCGACAAAGAUGUCUCCCUAAUCUGACUUCCUUGGAUAUUUCAGGGAAAGAUGGUGCUAAUGAGGAAGUACUCAGGAAAUACUUAAAUCAGCAUAGUAAGUUGAACUUUUUGGGAUUGGCACUUACAGAGUAUUGUGAAUAUUCCAUGUUCACCAAUGAUCAGAGUCCAGACUUUAAGGGAACUUUAACGGUAACUGGAGAAGCUGACGAGAGGCAGAUCAUGGAGGCACUGAGGAGAUAUGUCUGUCGCUGUGUAUACGUUCAGAAAUCACUGUACACAUUGUUUCGCUUGACACAAGUCAUGCUGAAGUCCAGAGAGGAUAUUAUCAAGUUGGUGCUUCCAGCCAUGAAGAGCCACCCUAAACAGCUGGGAGUUCAGAUGGCAGCUACUGCUUGUCUGUACAACUUGUCUAAAGGGGAGGUGGGGACGAAGGUGCACCCGGCCUGUCUAACACACAUAGUCAACCUAACAUUGCUGGCCAUGGAGAACUUUCCCAACCAUCAGCAGUUACAGAAGAACGCCCUGUUGACUUUAUGUAGUGACAGAAUUUUGAAUGAUGUGGCCUUUGACAGAUUCCGCUGUGCCAAACUUGUGAUGGAGUGUCUCUGUCAGUUUCACGACCCGUCCAUGAACCGCAUGUCUGUAGCAAUAUGCUCUAUACUGGCUGCUAAGAUUUCUACAGACCAGACUUCUUCACUCGGCGCCAAGCCUCGGUAUAUGAGGAAAAUGCUACAACUCGUGAAGUCCAAAGUCGAAUCAAACGCCAUCGACAUAACACUGAAGUUUACUCUCAGUGCACUAUGGAACCUGACUGAUGAGUCCCCAGCAACAUGUCGUGUGUUUCUAAAUGAAGGGGGUCUGGAUUUAUUCAUGGCAAUAUUACAGACUGUGUCUGCGAUGGAGGUGGAUGUUCGGACACAAGUAGAAACCAAGAUUUUAGGACUGCUGAACAACAUAGCAGAAGUGACUGAUUUACGAGAUUACUUGAUGAGAGAUGAUUUUCUGAUGCUGAGCAAACAGCUACUGAGGGCAUCGCAGAUUGAUGUCAGUUAUUUUGCUGCCGGAAUUAUUUCCCAUUUGGCUAGCGAGAGCAUUCAGAAAUGGCUGGUAGUGUCUAUUAAAGAAGAGAUUCUGAAAGAAUUGAGGGAUGUAGUGAUACAGUGGAAACAGCCAGAAGGUGAAAUGGUGGCCUACAGGUCUUUCAAUCCAUUUUUUCCUUUGUUGAGAUGUUUUGACUGCCCAGCUGUGCAAUUGUGGGCUGUUUGGGCUAUUCAGCAUGUUUGCACUAAAAACAGCAGUCGGUACUGUCCGAUGCUGGAGAGAGAAGGCGGUGCCGAGAUUUUGAUGGAACUUAUUAACAAUCCAGAAACCGAUGAGAAUGUCGCCAGUAUAGCACAGAAAAUUUUAGCGUUUGGAAAGUGUCCUUCAGUACAGCGGGUACCUCGCGAUGAUCAGAUGUCUGUCCCCGUACCCUGCCCGUCUGCAGAAAACCAAGCUUGAAUUGGAGCCUGGAACUCUGAAUUUGGCAUUGUUAUUGUGUUUUGGGAUAUUUUUUUUAAAGUGAGAGUGUGGUGCUAAAGAUGAGUUGAUAGGGUUUUACAAAUGGAUGAAAGCAUUCAUCACAGGCCCAUAGUACUGGAAAAACAUUCAACUGAAAGACACUUGAUACCAAAAAAAAAAAAAAUGCUUGGGUUGAUAAAUAUUUUUAUUUGGCUUAGUUUGGUUGUAAAAAGUACAAAAUGUAAAAUUCCUAUAUUUUUUAAAAAGAUAAAGGACUUGUAAUUUACAUUGUAAUUUAUCUAUGAUGAUCAAAAGUUGAGAUUUAUUUCCCAUCUCCAUAUAACUCUCUAUGAAUUUCCCCCCGCUGUUUUGGACGUCAUUGAGAAACUAUGGGAAUAACUUCCAAUCCAUACGGUAAAUUGUAUUCAUUUUACUCUAAAAACAUUAGUUUUUCAUUUUCAUUGUUUUUGAAAAGUUUGUUUGUAGCAAGUGCCGUUUAUGAAAAAUAAAUCUGUUUUCCACAUUUCCCCAAUGAAUAUAAUUUUGACAUCAAAUUUUAUCAUACUACUGAACAUGGGCCAAGGAAUACCAGAGAUUUUUAUCAAUCCAAGACACUGUGAGUUAAAAGCGGAGAAUUUCUUGCAAAAUGUUCAUUCACCAACCAUUUGAUUUUAUAUAUAAAGUGUUGAUUACACUUCAGGCGACUCUGAUUCAAUUUAAUGAAGGUUUUUGCGGGACAGCUUUUUCUUUUAAAUUAUGAAUUAGAAUAUGCUGUAGGUUGGGAAAUUAACACGGCGGUUUUAAUUUCUCUUUGUUACGAUUUAUCAUUUUUCCACAAAGAUUAAAACCAUAGUGAAUGAUACACUAAAAAUAUUUCAAUGUUUUCGGUAUACAAAUUUCAAAUGUAGAUUUUACCAUAACAUGAAAUUAAAACCAUUGUGAUGGGUACCCGUGUAAGAAGUUGUGAAAUUUUAGCACCUUGGAAUUAAAUUUAUUUUUACAGUAUACAAGUGAACCCAAUUGAAUUCUCUGGGAAUGUUUUGUGUAUUGUCAGUAUUUGACAAACUUUCCUCAUUGUUAUUGCUUGUUAUUUGUUUAUGUAUGUUAAUUACAAUAUUGUUUUUUCUUUUCUUCUUUUUGUCAUAGAAACCCACAGUUUUUGAGCUCACCUGAGCUGAAAGCUCAAGUGAGCUUUUCUGAUCGCUUUUUGUCCGUCGUCUGUCUGUCUGUCUGGCUGUCCGUCUGUCUGUUAAACUUUUCACAUUUUCGACUUCUUCUCCAGAACCACUUGGCCAAUUUCAACCAAACAUGGCCAAAAGCAUCCUUGGGUGAAGGGCUUUCAAGUUUGUUCAAAUGAAGGGCCGUGUCCCUUUCAAAGGGGAGAUAAUCACAAAAAUGCAAAAAUAGGGUGGGGUCAUUUAAAUAUCUUCUUCUCAAGAACCACUGGGCCAGAAGAGCUGAAAUUUACCUGAAAGCUUCCUGACAUAUUGCAGAUUCAAGUUUGUUCAAAUCAUGGUCCCCGGUGGUAGGAUGGGGCCACAAUAGGGGAUCAAAGUUUUACACACAAAUAUAUAGGAAAAAUCUUUUAAAAUCUUCUUCUCAAGAACCACUAAGCCAGAAAAGCUGAGAUUUACAUGAAAGCUUCCUGACAUAAUGCAGAAUCAAGUUUGUUCAAAUCAUGGGCCCCGGGGGUUGGAUGGGGCCACAAUAGGGGAUCAAAGUUUUACAUACAAAUAUAUAGCAAAAAUCUUUAAAAAUCUUCUUCUCAAGAACCACUGAGUCAGAAAAGCUGAUUUUUACAUGAAAACUUUCUGACAUAGUGCAGAUUCAAGUUUGUUCAAAUCAUGGCCCCCGGGGAUAAGAUGGGGCCCCAAGGGGGAUCAAAGUUUUGCACACAAAUAUAUAGGGAAAAACUUUAAAAAUCUUCUUCUCAAGAACCACUAAGCCAGAAAAGCUGAGAUUUACAUGAAAGCUUCCUGACAUAAUGCAGAUUCAAGUUUGUUCAAAUCAUGGGCUCCGGGGGUUGGAUGGGGCCACAAUAGGGGAUCAAAGUUUUGGAAAAAUCUUUAAAAAUCUUCUCAAGAACCACUGAGCCAGAAAAGCUGAUUUUUACAUGAAAACUUUCUGACAUAGUGCAGAUUCAAGUUUGUUCAAAUCAUGGCCCCUGGGGAUAGGAUGGGGCCACAAGGGGGGAUCAAAGUUUUGCACACAAAUAUAUAGGGAAAAACUUUAAAAAUCUUCUUCUCAAGAACCACUAAGCCAGAAAAGCUGAGAUUUACAUGAAAGCUUCCUGACAUAAUGCAGAUUCAAGUUUGUUCAAAUCAUGGGCUCCGGGGGUUGGAUGGGGCCACAAUAGGGGAUCAAAGUUUUACAUACAAAUAUAUAGCAAAAAUCUUCUCAAGAACCACUGAGCCAGAAAAGCUGAUUUUUACAUGAAAACUUUCUGACAUAGUGCAGAUUCAAGUUUGUUCAAAUCAUGGCUCCCGGGGGUAGGAUGGGGCCACAAGGGGGAUCAAAGUUUUGCAUACAAACAUAUAGUUAAAAUCUUUUUCUCAAUAACCACUGAGUCAGAAAAGCUGAUAUUUACAAGAAAACUUUCUGACAUAGUGCAGAUUCAAGUUUGUUCAAAUCAUGGCCCCCGGGGGGUAGGAUGGGGCCACAAAUGGGGGGGGGGGGGGGUCAAAGUUUUACAUACAAAUAUAGGAAAAAGCUUUAAAAAUCUUCUUCUCAAGAACCAUUGGGCCAAAGAAGUUGACAUUUACAUGAAAGCUUUCUGACAUAGUGUAGAUUCAAGUUUGCAAAGGGUAGUUUGGGCCAUAAUAGGGACUAAGGUUUUACAUGCAAAUAUAUAUGGAAAGUCUUCAGAUAUGGGCCAAGGUGACUCAGGUGAGCGAUGUGGCCCAUGGGCCUCUUGUAAUUUUUGUAACUUUGGAAGUGCUAGAUGUAAUAUUCUGUUGUACAUCUUUCACUAACAUGGAAUAGUGCUAUGAAGUAGAUUCAUAUAGGGCUAUGUGAUCAUCCUCAAUUUUAGAAUCAAAGCGGUAUUGAAACUCAGAAGAAUUGACCAAAUAUACAUGAUGAAAUUCGAUUUCAUAAUGUCAAUUCCUCCAGCAAUUUACUGCUAGAAAUUAUUGGUGAUUGUUAAUAUUUGUGUAUUUCUCUGUCGGGAAUGAUGGAUUAUGAGAUUGUGUGUCCUGUAUUGAAACCCUGUGUCACUUGUAUUUAAUGACACGUGUUGCUGUUUCGACAGUUUUGUGUUUCCAUCAGACUGGGGGUAAUAUUUCCGCUGUUUCUCAGUAUUAUAUGAAACUUGCACGACACGUGGUUAGAAAAAUAUGGUUUGUGCAACUGUCUGUGUAUGCAGCCAUAAUGGACACACACAUAUUUCUUAAAUAAGUUAUUUUAUAAAUUAGAUUAAAAUCUGACAUAGUAGCUGUCCAUUUUACCUUGAAUCUCAAAAUAAAUGGAAUUUUCUUUUAACAUUAUCGAUAUGCUGUGGAGUUCUGCAGUACUUGUAUACAAGAUUUUGAUUGAAUAAUGCAGUAAAUGAAAUCGCCCUCUUAAAAAAUAGAGACUAUAUUUGAAUGUGGCGUUUUAUGGGAAGGCUAUAAAUUCAGUGUGUUGUACCCAGAAAACAUUUCUGGCCAAGUGUGACCAUGGAAAUGCAAGUAGAGUCAUGAGUAUUAUUUGAAUUUUAGUGAGGACAUUGUUUAAACUCUUGCCUAUUCACUAUUACAACCAUUUUACAGUUUUAUCGUUUGCAUUAUAUUUUCCCCAUUUUACUAUCCAAUGCUCUAGAUUCCUAAAUAUAAGCGAGGAAUUUAUUAUUGUGUAAUUUCGCAAGAUAAAUCACUCACAAAAUAAAAUUACUCGCUUUUAAUUUUUUGUUGCUAGCUAAAUACACGUAAGAACUCUUGAUAACAAAUGGCACGCAAAUUCAUGUUCUAGCAGUAUGACAUAUAUGAGUCAUUAAUUCGCCAUAUUAAGUAUUGAUGUAAAAUAAGGAAUCUGAAGUACUGGAAUUGAUUGGCUAAUCCUCCUCUUCACCUGCAUGCUGAAGUAGGAUAUAUAUAUGAGUGAAGAAUUAUAGUUAUGAAAUUUUCCUCUCAAUCGUAUGAUUUUUGUGUGAAAAGGACCCCAGUCUUUAUCUGUAGAGCGAGUACUGUAUACAGGGAAAUAUUCACCCGUUUUAUUUUCGUUCCUUUCACCUUCGUCAGUGGGCGAAACUAUUUUCUCUCAUAUCUCUCUUUUUUUUAUCACAAUGUUAUCAGGGUGAAUAUAAAACAGGGCAAAAUCAACUGUAAGUGUAGAGGGGCAAAAAUAACACAGGGCAAACGUAACCCUGUACACGGAGAAUGGAGCACACAGGGCAAUCGUAACCCUGUACACGGAGAAUGGAGCACACAGGGCAAUCGUAACCCUGUACAGGGAGAAUGGAGCCAGUCACAGCUGGGGAGCUCGGUGUUUCAGAAACAUUUACAUGUUGUACACACGGACAAAUUCACAUAUAGUCUGGUCAGCAAGUCUGCUCAACAUGAACAUCACAAUUCAUUUUCAAAUAAAUGCAAUAAAGAAAAAAGCUGCUUAAUCCAAUAUUAUCCUGGUAACCUGGGCCACUUCCAUUACUUAUUGCAGUCAGUGCAUUGAUCAUAAACUAACUUUGUUCGGGAACUUGUGAAUCAUUUUUACCCCCACCACCCACCCCCCCUUCAAGGUGUUUUGGUUUGUCUGCCUGUUUCUUUCUGCUACUUUUAACUUGGUCAUAUUAAAAGUACAAGAUGGAUAUACUUCAUACCUUCAUAAAACAGAAACUGUUAAAGUACAUACUCGAUGCAAUGUUUGCUUAUAACUUGGGGAGGGGGGAUCCUAUUGGUCGGGGGAGGGGGUCCUAUUAUUGGGGGGUGGGGGCUUGGAAUCCUAUUGGUCACGGCUGAAUGAAUUAGAGAGUAUUUGGUAAAUAACUGUUUUUUGUUAUUUGGUAUACUUUUGAAAUGUCAAUUGUACUUGUCGUUUAAUAAAAUGUUCAACAAGAA